AGGAAGACGCAUCCCCCACGAGCUGAAAAACACUUCAUUCGAAGACUUUGAGCGGACCGAAUUUUUGUUCUUUCUAGGGAGGGCUGCCUUCUUUGCAUUUUAUCGUACAAUUCAUGUUUUUUUUUAGUUUCAAAUGUUGUGUAGGGGGAUCUGGUUCUUCUAAGGUUGUUGCCACAUUGAGCUCAGAUCCCACAUGGACCUUCACAGGUGGGAGGACAAGCCUUAGAACUUCUUUGAUCAUCUGGUGACAGACCAAAUAUAAUGGGCUGUGUGCAAUCCAAGGACAAGGAGGCAACCAAAAUCACCGAUGACUGGGACACCCCUGGAGCUGGGUAUCGCUAUGAAGCUGACCCAACUCCGCGGCAGAACCUCAACUUCUCCAUUCCAAACUACAAUGUUGACACCCCUGUUGGACAGUGCUUGACUGUCUUUGGAGGUGUCACUUCCUGUCAAACUGGAACCCUCAGGACUCGUGGUGGAACAGGAGUCACCCUCUUUAUAGCACUUUAUGACUACGAGGCUCGCACAGAAGAUGACCUGAGCUUCAAGAAAGGAGACAAGCUCCAAAUCCUCAACAGCACUGAAGGAGACUGGUGGGAUGCUCGGUCGCUUACCACCGGCUGCAGUGGCUACAUUCCCAGCAAUUACGUGGCUCCGGUGGACUCGGUCCAAGCUGAAGACUGGUAUUUUGGCAAACUUGGCCGUAAGGAUGCAGAGAGACAGCUGCUGUCCGCCGGCAACGCUCGCGGCGCUUACCUUAUCAGAGAGAGUGAAACCACGAUGGGGGCCUUUUCCCUGUCCAUACGGGACUGGGACAGUGUGAAAGGUGACCACGUCAAACAUUAUAAGAUCCGCAAGCUGGACAGUGGUGGGUAUUACAUCACCACCAGGGCCCAGUUUGACAAGCUUCAGCAGCUGGUUCAGCAUUACUCAGACCGAGCUGCAGGUCUCUGCUGUCGCUUGGUGGUUCCCUGCCACAAAGGCAUUCCUUGCCUCGCUGACCUGUCCAUCAAAACCAGAGACGUGUGGGAGAUCCCACGGGAGUCGCUGAAGCUGAUCAGGCGUCUUGGAAAUGGGCAGUUUGGGGAGGUCUGGAUGGGAACGUGGAAUGGUACAACUAAAGUGGCAGUGAAGACGCUAAAGCCUGGCACCAUGUCUCCUGAAUCCUUCCUGGAAGAGGCUCAGAUCAUGAAAAACCUUCACCAUGAUAAGCUGGUUCAGCUCUACGCUGUGGUUUCUGAGGAGCCCAUUUACAUUGUGACUGAGUAUAUGGGCAAAGGAAGCCUUCUGGACUUCCUGAAGACUGGAGAAGGACGAGACUUAAAGCUUCCCGACCUGGUGGACAUGGCAGCACAGGUGUCAGCAGGCAUGGCUUACAUCGAGAGGAUGAAUUACAUCCACAGAGACUUGCGCUCUGCCAACAUCCUGGUUGGGGACAACAUGGGGUGUAAGAUCGCAGACUUUGGCCUAGCAAGACUGAUUGAAGAUAACGAGUACAACGCGCGGCAAGGUGCAAAGUUCCCCAUCAAGUGGACCGCCCCCGAGGCUGCGUUGUAUGGGAAGUUCACCAUCAAGUCUGAUGUGUGGUCAUUUGGGGUCUUUUUAACAGAGCUUGUCACCAAAGGCCGAGUCCCAUACCCAGGCAUGAAUAACAGAGAGGUGCUGGAGCAGGUGGAGCAGGGCUACCGGAUGCCAUGCCCCCAGGACUGCCCCACCUCCAUGCAUGAGCUCAUGCUACAAUGCUGGAAGCAGGAAGCAGAGGGGAGGCCCACCUUCGAAUACCUACAGUUCUUCCUGGAGGACUACUUCACUGCUACUGAGCCUCAGUACCAGCCUGGAGAAAACCUCUGAAGUCAGUGGGAAGAGAUCAGCAGGCCAGGCAGCGCUGACUCUGAACACAAAAGGGAGAAACUGUGGAGAAGUGAGGAGCUGCUGGCGUUCCUGAGGGAACAUCAGCUUCAGGUGUUUUUCCUCUGCAAACAAGAGGAAGAAGAGGUCUCCAGCUUCAUGCAGCAUCAGAGCAGAUUUUUUGACAACUUUGUUUUUACUCCUAAUUUCUAGAAGUGACAUUGAAGGCCUCAGUAGUUCCUCAUUUUCUUUCAUCGGUUUCUCUGCUGUUGUUGCCAUCCACCCUCAUCUCCCCUCAGUUCCCUGAAAGGUUUUCUUGUCAAACUGCAGCUUCUUUCAUAGACUUCAGCUAAUCCAGAAACUCAAUCUGGAUUUUCCACAUCAUCCUCACUUAACUUACUUCUCUAAAAUAUAGAUUUUUAACAAAACUUUUAAACUCAUCCUUAUAUUGGUCUGCAUGCAUGCGUUCCAAAAGCAGCUGAGUUUUCCUCCUUUUGCAGAUCCAAUGAGAAAAGUCAAACUUGUUUAAGGCUAUGUUUUGUGUUCAGUUCACAGCAUUUAACCCUUGUGCUGUUUUAGAUGACCCCACCCCCUUCUAUUGACAUGUUCUCUCUACCAUGACAAAGGUGGAUAAAGGUGGAAAGAUUUCAUGUUA